AUGUCACAUCUUUCCAAUCCCCUAGCAACAGCGGAACAGCUGUACCAGAAGACCUCCACAAAUGCCCUUCCAAUCGAGCUCCAAGAUAGCAUCCGCUUUUACACUGCCCGCCUAACCCAAGCAGCCGGCAUCCUCCUGCGUCUCCCGCAAGAUAUAACAGCCCAAGCCAACGUCCUGCUCUUCCGGUACUGGCUCGUAGACGGCCUUCUGGAACAUGAAUUCAGCGACAUCUCAGCAGCAACACUCUACCUAACCGCCAAAAUCUCCGCCUCCCCGCGAUCCCUGCGCAGCAUCACAAAUGUCUACGCGUACCUGCUAUCCCCCACACCUAGCGACCCAGAAUCCUACUACCUCUCCGAAUCCUCUUACAUCAGUUUCCGCAACCGCUUGCUGGAUAUAGAAGGCCAUGUCAUAAAUGCGCUGGGCUUUAACACGCACGUCGCGCUACCUCAUCCGCUAGCUGUUACGUAUCUGCAAACGCUAGACGUGUUUAGUCUACCGGGAAAUAAGGGCAAAGAUGUAGCUAAGCGUACGAUUGCGUAUCUGAACUCCGCGUUACUGAGUCCGCAGAUGCUGUACCUGACGCAUCAACCGGCUAGUUUGGCUACGGCAGCUAUUUACCUUGCGGCUAGGGAGAUAAGGGUGAAGAUGCCGGAGGUAGAAUGGUGGGAAGUGUUUGAUUGUGAGAGGGAGGAGCUUGGGUUUUUGGUUGUGGGGAUGGGCAGUUUGGAGGGGGUGGCUAGGAGGGGGAGAGAGGUGUGGGGGGAGAAAGGGUGGAUUAGUAGGGAGGAUAUUAACGGAGAACUGGUGAAGCUGGGGGUCAAUAUUGGGAAUGGGGGGCAGGUUGAGGAUGAGGAGGCGCAGAUGGCGAGAUUGUUAGAUGAGAAGGUUGGGGAUGCAUGA